GGCAUCUGCGUCAUGAGGAUCAUUGUCCUGGGGGUGGAUAUGGAUCCUGGCCGGCAUGGCCCCAAGAUGACAUCUUUGCAUUUCUACUGACUGACCGGUCCCAUCUUCAAGGAAAUGUGUCUAUCACUCAUGUCUCCAACACUUGUGCAGCCGUGGUGCAUCUUCUGUAUGAGUCAUUCAUCCAUGUGUUACAGCGCAACGGUUACGUACAUCUGCGCGACCCCUCGGCGUCUGGCUCAAAACGCUAGCAUUCUUAUUUGUGUUGUGUUCUCAUACACAUCUUCGUACCACCCUCAGGCAACUGCAUUAGCACGAGAUGUCUUUAUAAUACUUAUUGACGCACUGACGGCUCUAUCUAUCACGGAUAUUACAGCAACAUCGGAACCCUUUCAUGGCAAUGUCAGGUUACUUCCCUGACAUGAACAACAAGUAUCCGCUGAGAGUUUGCUUGUUUCGGCGGUCAUGUCACAAUGCCUACUUUACCGAUGAAAUAUCCAACAAGGACGGUUAGUUCAUAAUCGACAUACUCAGGCUGACAAAUU